UCUUUACUGCAUUCGAAAUUGUAGUCUGUGACCAGGAUGAUUAAAUAGAAAAAAAUCAGAAUUAAAUUAUUAAAUCAUAAUAAAAAGAUUAGCGAUUGAAUUAAAAUAAAGUGCAAAGUCGAGUAAAUAUUAGUGUAUUUAUUCCAAAAUAUUUUCAUUGAUAUGAACCAAAUUAGUAACUAUUUUGUGUUUUUCUGUCGCCUAACCAUAUGAUAUAAUAUAGAAGGAGCAGUCAAAAUAAAAAAAAAAAUUAUAGACAAAAAGAUUUUGUUUUCCUACAAGCGCGUAUAUGGAAAUUGCCUAGCAAACACUUUAUGCUCGCUGCAGUUUGUUUUCUUCUUGUUUCACUUGUUUUUGUCCUUCUCUCUCUCUCUAUUUUCUUUCCUAAUCCAAUGAUCUUUUUCAUCACAAACUUGGUGCCCACAAAUGGAGUGAUAAACUGGAGAACUUUGAACCAAUAAAGAGCUAAUGAACUAAGUGUUUCGUUGUCACCGUAAUAGAGAGAAAUAAAAGUCAAGUUUACAUAAAAAUGGAGGAUUUAGCACCUGGGGUUCGUUUCUACCCUACAGAAGAAGAGCUGGUCUCAUUUUAUCUGCAUCAUAAGCUAGAAGGAAACAGGAAUGACUUGAAUCAGGUUCUGGAUCUUGUUAUACCUGUGCUUGAUAUCUAUGAGUUCAGUCCUUGGGAACUUCCACAAUACUCGGGAAUUUACAACCGUACAGACCCUGAACAAUGGUUUCUCUUUAUCCCAAGACAAGAAAGCGAGGUCCGUGGAGGGCGGUCAAAGCGACUCACAACCGUUGGAUACUGGAAAGCCACUGGUUCUCCUGGUUAUGUUUACUCUUCUGAUAAUCGAUGUAUUGCUGUAAAAAGAACCAUGGUUUUUUACAAGGGAAGAGCUCCAAAGGGACAUAAAACUGACUGGAAAAUGAACGAAUACAAAGCUAUACAAAGAGAAACAUCCUCUUCAACUGCUGCAAAUGCAAACCCAAAGUUACGAGAAGAAUUCAGUUUGUGUCGGGUGUACAAGAAAUCAAAAUGCCUACGAUCUUUUGAUAGAAGGCCAGUUGGAGUGGAGGUAGGGCCGCGAAUAAGGGCUCAGCAAGCUCAUGGUCAUGGGGCAACAGAAGCACAUCAAAAUCCUGCAGUGAUGGAAACGAGAAGCUCAGAUGAUGAUAAUAUUUCAUCCUCAGGAGACCAUGGCUAUCCCCAGAAAACUGGAGAAGAAAGUAACACAGCAUUGGCUAUAGGUAAUGAAUCUUUUUUGGACUGGGACCAAUUAGAGAACUGGUAUUUUGAUGGGGAUGAUAUAUAGCUCAAGUAUAUGAUAUGAGAAUAAGGGUUAACAAUGAUGAGUUUCUUCUUUUUAUGUAUGGUUUAAAUUGGACUUACAUAUAUACUUCCCAAUUGUUGUUACUUAACAGUUAAAAAUAUAAAUACAAUUUAUGUGUCAAUCAUCUGUAUACAGUUAAA